UAAAGUAGAGCUCACAAGUCGUCUUCUAUGCGUCUUUCCUUCUGCUAAUUUGAUGUCUAACUAAAAACACUCUUUACUUAGCGUACUUCUUAACUGAGCUCUCGAAUCCCUCCCAUUUGUGCUCUCACUUUGGUUCUUUUACAUGGUUUUCUCUCAUUAAUUUCCAUGUGCUCCAGUUGAAUGAAAGAAGGUGGUACUGCUUCUGUCAAAAUGAGUGGGAGCGGCCGAAAACGUAGUUCAAAAUGGGAUUUGAAAGAAGGGUCUCGAAUCUCAUUGGAAGAUGUGGAAGACAAUGCUUUGCCUGGGAAAGCAGGAAUACCUUUUCGCGACAAAGAAUCACAAUGUGACUGGCUCCCACCUGAAGCUGCUGGCAGCACUUGCUCUAAGUGGUCAGCUAUGGAACCUUUGCCUGGAAGAAGAGGUUCCCACAAGGAUGAUAAUAUCGACGGAGACCAUAGUAGAACUUUGAAAUCCACCUAUGAAGAUGAGAGUUAUGGAACUAGAAUGUCUCCUGGUCUUGAUGAAUGGAGACAGCAAAGUUUUCGAAACUCUCCCAAGAAUGAAUAUAAAAGAUUAAGAAGUUGGUUGGCAUUGGUUGACUUGUCCUGUCUCUGGUUUUUCUGCAAAAGGAGGAGCCCGAGUCGAAGUCGGAGCCGGAGCAGGAGCCCUGUCCAUGGCUUCAGGGGAGAAUCAGGAGCAUAUGACAGAACUAGAAGUAGAUCUGGUGUAUCAGCUCAAUUAUGUAAGGAUUUUGUUGCUGGGAGAUGCAGGAGAGGUAAUCAUUGCCAGUUUCUUCACCAAGAUACUGAGACUUAUGAGGAUGAUUGGGAAAGACCAAGGAAAACUGCAGCUUCUAAAUAUCCUAUGUCUCAUGAUACUAAGCAGUACCCAAUGGGGAGUGGAAGAUCUGCCAAUUGCUGCACUAAUUUUCUAAAGGGAAACUGUAGAAGGGGUGAAUCCUGCAGGUAUGCUCAUCAUGGUGAUUCUAAUCCAUCCAGUAGGGGGUCUGCAAAUGAGGUGAUUAGAGAAAGAGAUAAUGACCGAAGGCAUAGAUAUGCAUCUCCAGAGAGACGUGCUGAGCGUGAAACCCGCAGAGCAGCUGAUAUUCCCUGCAAAUUUUUUGCUGCUGGCAAUUGCCAGAAUGGAAAAUAUUGCAGGUUUUCUCAUCAUGAUCAGACACUUGCAAGUCCUGGCAAAAGAUCACGAGAUGUUAGGUGGCCACCAAGCCAAAACUCAGAUGAAUUGGAAAAAUCAUGGAAUGAUCCAAAAUGGAGUGACAGUCAUACCUCAGACUCUGCAAAGUUGAGCGAGGAUAAAAAUGAAAAAUUGGAUGCACCUAAUCUGAGGCUCUCUGCACGGCAUAUGGAGGAUGGAUGGGGCCAUAAUCCUGUUGAGGACAAAACACACAGUAAUCCUCCAACUAAUGAAGUGGUUGAGAUUGACAAAAAGGAAGCCUUCCAAUGGAAGACUGAAAAUUCUGGUGAUAACACUAAUGUUUCUGAGAAUUGGCUUGGUGAUAUGGAAAUGUCUCCGGAUUGGAACUACAGACUGCAACCUUCCAACCAUAUCAACAAAGGAUCCAGUCAUGAACUUCAAGAGAGUUCAGGUCGGAUGCAUGAUACCGCUGCAGUCAUGCUACCAAUUUCAAAAGAAACAUCUUCCAUUCAACAGGGUUUUAAUUUAAAGGAGGUUGGGGGUAGUGCUUUGCCACAUGAUGAUGAUGGUGUGACAAAAACUGCUAGUUCCUACGUAGACAUUUCUGCCAAUGUCCUUGCAUCACAAAGCUUCAACAAAAAUGGCCAGAGUUCAAAUACUUCACAUAUUCUGAAUUUGAAUGCUGUUGGACAAAUUCAAGAAGCAAUCUUGACCAAUCCUUCAAGAGGAGGGACAACAACAAAUCCUCAAAACCAAACACUGUUUCAGGAGAGGACAGUGAUCAACAUUCCAGAUACUGGGAAUCCAAAUGUUCCACAUGCGAAUUUGGGGAUUCCAACAGCACAAAACAUGGCCAGUAAUGAACAUUUGACUCAGCUUACCAGCCUUUCUGCCUCCUUGGUUCAGUUAUUUGUGAAUGGACACCAGCUUCCACAACUUUAUGAAGCUCAUAAUUCGCAUGAUGGUACCUUUGCCAACUCAGAGGGCACUGUCACUGUGAAACCAGAUUCUGCAGUGACCAUUCAGCCAAAUCAAGCUGUUGAACCCCGGAAGCAGUAUGAUCCUAUUUGCGACAGUGUUGAGCCUGGGAAGCUUAAUGUCAAUACUAGUCCUACAGAUAAGAAACUAGAAUUGUUAUCCAAAAGCUUGUCCCCUUCAUCUCUUGCUGCUGCACCCAAUGGUGAUGACUUUAACAAGUUCUUCUUGGAGCAAGAGUCUAAUGAAAAGAGUUCCCUGUUAAAUCAGCCAGCUCCAGCUGCGAGUUCUGAAGCUACCAAGGAAAACAAUGGGGUGGGGUCUGGUGAAGACAAUACAGUGCAAGAGCAGGAUAAGACCGCACAAGAAAAUGGUCCCUUAGAGAACAGUGAUGGUGAUGGCAAAGCUGAUGAGAGCAAGAAAAACAAGGAUGCCAAGGGAAAUCGUGCAUUUAAGUUUGCACUGGUGGAGUUUGUUAAGGAUCUUCUGAAACCUGCAUGGAAGGAAGGUCAAAUCAGCAAAGAUGCUUACAAGAACAUAGUUAAGAAAGUGGUUGACAAAGUUACUAGUACCAUGCACAGUGCUAGUAUUCCAACAACGCAGGAAAAAAUUGAACUAUAUCUGUCAGUUUCAAAGCCAAAGCUGACGAAACUUGUACAGGCAUAUGUGGAGAAAUUUCAGAAGGACAAAUGAAAGAACUCCCGGUGUUUUCUAUUAAUCUAUUUUCCUGUGUCAUAUAGAAAGCUAGUUAAAUUUUAUGUUUCAUAUGAUUUAUUAUGGUAAUGUAGCUUCUAGAAUGAGCUCUUCUUUUCAACCUGUGUUUUGUUUUAGUUGUUGAAAUCAAGGUUGGGUAAAACUUUAACUCUUACAUGUAGAAUAUCUUUUUGCUUGGAAGUUUAGAAUGCCUCCUAAUCAUGAAGGUUAACCAUAUAGAUUAAUUUUCAGAUUCUAUAAUGCCACCUAAUAGGGGCAUGUUAUUGUUAACGUGCAGUAAAGUUAGUUGAAUAGAGUUAGCUUAAAGUUAACUAGAGUUGAACGUGUGUUAAGAGUAUUAUUUUGUCUAAGUGGUAGGGUACAUGGGGCUGAAAUUAUUGAGGAGAAUAACAGUAGGUACAGCCGAAAGUUGGGCUGAAAACAGGCAGAAACAGGUGCUGUAACGGAGAAGAAGAAACAGCAGCAGAGAGUGGUUUCCUCCAUUGUAAUCCCUUUCUUGUGGGAGUUUUGUACCAGAAAAUUACAGCAAUUAUAUGCUAUGUUUAAGUCUGUUUU